AUGACCGGCGCUGAAGCUCCCAGUGCCGGCUUUUAGCGCUGUGGUCGGUGGGCAGCAACUGUCUUCCUCCGCUUCCCCGAGCCUUUUCCGUGGUGGUGCUGCUCUCGUCGCUGCCUGCUCUUCCGGAUCAUGGUGUUCUUCCGCCUCUCUCCGGUGCCGGGCUCGGGGCUCGUUGUGCUCUGCCUCAUUCUGGGAGCUAUCUCGUCUUAUGCAUUAGAACUUAAUUUGACGAAUUCAAAAAAUGCCACUUGCCUUUAUGCAAAAUGGCGGAUGAAUUUCACUAUAGGCUAUGAGACUACAAGCAAAAGUAAUAAAACUGUAACCAUUUCAGACCUUGGCAAUGCAACAUACAAUGGAAGUAUCUGUGGUGAUGACCAGAAUGGUCCCAAAAUUGAGGUGCAAUUUGGAUCUGUUUUUUCCUGGACUGUGAAUUUUACAAAGGAGAAGUCUACUUAUUUAAUUGAAAGUAUCUCAUUUUCCUAUGACACUAAUGAUAGCACAACAUUUCCUGAUGCUAAAAAGAAAGGAAUUUUUACUGUUCAUGAACCUGUGGCAUUCAGAAUUCCAUUGAAUGACAUCUUUAGAUGCAAUAGUAUGUUGACUGCAGAAAAGAAAGAUGUUAUCCAGCACUAUUGGGAUGUUCAUGUACAAGCUUUUGUCCAAAAUGGCACAGUGAGCACAAAAGAGUUUCUGUGUGAUAAAGAUAAAACUUCAACCACUGUUGUGCCCGUUACUCCCACCACUUUACCAUCUCCUACUACAACACCUGCUCAAAAGGAAAAACCAGAGAUUGGAUCCUAUUCAGUUAAUAAUACCAAUGGCACUUGUCUUCUGGCUACCAUGGGGCUGCAGUUGAACAUGACUCAAGAUAAGGUUGUUACAGUUAUUAACAUCAAACCCAAUACAACUGACUUCACUGGCAGCUGCCAUUCUCAAACUGCUCUACUUAGGCUGAACGGCAGCAACAUUAAGUAUCUUGACUUUGUCUUUGCUGUGAAAAAUGAAAACCGAUUCUAUCUGAAGGAAGUGAAUGUCAGCAUGUAUUUGGUUAAUGGCUCUGUUUUCAGCAUUGCAAAUAACAACCUUAGCUACUGGGAUGCCCCCCUGGGAAGUUCUUAUAUGUGCAACAAAGAGCAGACGGUUUCAGUGUCUGGAGCAUUUCAGAUAAAUACCUUUUAUCUAAGGGUUCAGCCUUUCAAUGUGAUAGAAGGAAAGUAUUCUACAGCCCAGGAGUGUUCGCUGGAUGAUGACACCAUUCUAAUACCAAUUAUAGUUGGUGCUGGUCUUUCAGGCUUGAUUAUCGUUAUAGUGAUUGCUUACCUAAUUGGCAGAAGAAAAAGUUAUGCUGGAUAUCAGACUCUGUAACACUAAUGCAUAUGUGAUCUCUGUUCCAAAUUAAUAAAGCAAGUACAAGUUCCAACAUGCAAUACUAUUCAAUUUAAGAUAUAUUUACUUUUAGUUCUGAUCUUAGAACCAGUGGUAUGGGGGAUUUUGUACUUAAAUAAAUACAAACACCCCAAAACUAUUAACUACAAAUUGGUUAUGUGAAUUUGGUUUUCCUAACCAAGGCAUUUAAAUCUGUUGUUUCUUCAGCCAAAGGCAUGUGCAAAAUCACCUGGAUUAUAGGUUCUAUUUUAUUUGCUUAAAUUAGUGUUUCAGUGUUUUUACUUUAGUCAUUCUGACUAGAGAUAUACAGUUUAGGAAAAACAGGUUUUUAAAAGAGAUUUGUUUUCUUGCAUGUGGUUGAAUUGAGACAGUACAUUCUACAGUGGAUUUGUACUUGCUCCCUUUGCAUUUUUUUCUGUGAUUUUGUUUGCAGGUUAACUUAGCUGCUUUGACAUUGCUAUAUAUUUGACCUAAUAGAGAUAUGGCAGUAGAUGUGAACAGUCUAAUAUUAUGUUUGUAGCAAUGACUGCUUUCCUAAUGCUUUUUGAAUACAUUUGUAUUUAAUGUGGCUGUAAUGACAAAAGAUGCAAAGCUUUUGAAAUUUUAGAAUAGGUGUUAAGCUUAUUGUUUAAUCCCUUCUAAAAAAACCUAGAUAUUUCAAUCUUUUAAAUUGCAAGAUACAAGACUAUUCCAGCUGAGCAUUUCAAUUUUCUAGGUGCUUUAUAGAUAAUUGCUAGGCAGUGCCAAUUUCGGGCCUUAGUCAUUUUACCUGUAAAUUGGUCUCUACCUGCAGAGCUAAAGUUAAUGUAGACUUCCAGUGUCCUUGGUGGUAGUAGUAUCUUUUAUUCCUUUUUUAUCUUUUCUUUUCCUUAAAGAAGAAAUGCCAGUAUGUCCUAGAACCUAGAAAAGAAGGGCACUUAUACCUAUAAAGUAACUUGCACAUAACCCAAAAGUCUCAGUCUUCUCCAUUAAAAUGUUUGGGGUUUUUUGUUUUGUUUUUAAGAGUUGUUCUUUGUUUCCAGCUUAAAGUGAUUACUACAACAUUUACUAAUUUGGCUUUCCUAUUUAAAUGGUUAUAUGCUAAUCAAAACUUACAGUAUUGUUGUUCAUUAUGGUAGAAUCAUUAUUAAUUCAUGUAUUUUGUGUUCAGUUUUGUCCUCUGGGGAGAUGCACCAGUUGUCCAUCUACCGUGAACCACCUAAUGUUUAUAUGAGAAAGCAAAACAUUUCAGCUUCAUAGUUAACAUAUCAAGUAUUUCGUGCUGUUUCUAGGUGUUUUUUUAUUGGAACGGCUGAGCAAAUAUUUAGAAAUUGUUAAUAUGCAGCCAUAUACCAAAGGUGCCUGAGUUUUUUUGUGGGGGGGGGGUAGGAGAUUGUAUACCCCCAUUCACUACAAAAUGAGAUAUCUGGGUUCCAAAGUAUUAUUGAUGUUGAAUUAAUUUGGUAGUCUAACUAAAAACACACACACAAGCAAUUGCCUGUAAACAUAUAUAUGUCUAUAACUAUCUUUCGAGUUAUAUUGGAGUGCUGAAUAUUUUUUCCCACUUAAAUUUGCUCUCUGUUUAGAGUAGCCUGAAAUUCUUACUGGCUCAGAAUCAGAUUCCUGAUCAACCCCUCUUUUAAAGCUACAAUGAGCUGCAUUGCCAGCUUAAGGCACUUCUAAAAGACAAAAGACAAAAAUAUAAAUCUGAUUUUUAAAAAUUAUUUUUUAUUUAAAUAGUAUGUUAGUGUAAGAUUGUUAACCUUAAAAGAAUGGAUAAUGCUUAUAAGAACGUAGGUCUUAGAUGUUUCUCACAAGUCAAAACAAAGCAGCUUUUAAAAAAAAGAGAUUAAAGCAUAAGUGGGUGGCACUGGCUUAAUGCUGUUAAUGUUUCUAAAAGUUUCUACAUUAAAUUAUAUAUCUGAUUCAUAUGAAAAUAUCUCUAAUUAACACUGUUUUCUAGAAAAUCUGACUUCAUUGAAUAUUUUUGUAUCUUACGUGGGCCAGUUUAUAUACGGUCAUUUAAGCCUCAUGCUCUUUGUACCUUUUGUAGUUUCAUUUGCUUUACUGGGUUUACACCUUGAUGGUCUAACACUCUAUGGUUCUGAGUGUUUUUCAUGUGUUAGCAUUUAUAUAAAGAAACUGGUCCAUGUAAAUACUUCUCAUGUUUUUCUUUCAAAUGUUUAAGCCACUAGUUGAUGUAUGGUAUUUCUCUAGAUAUUUGCUUGUCCAUUUGCUCCACAUAUUGCUUCUAAAACAAACAAUAAAGGUUAUUUUAUUUCUUAAGGAAA